UGUCCCUGCAGGGAGUGCUGUCUGAAGGUUGAGGAGGAAGUGUGUAUCGUGAGUGUGUGACUAAGUCCACACAGCGUAUGCACAAACAGUUGAAAGCAUGGUUACUUUUACGCCGUGCACCGCCAAUGCAUGAUGAAAGAGGAACAUACUACUGGUUUAUAUUGAAAAUGAUAGGUGCUUGAAGCUCUGUGAGUCAUUCGAGAAGUAACGGGGCUUUUUUCUUUAAGAGAAACUAGCUGAGCAUGGUUGCUUUCAGUUUAGCCCAUUUCGCCAUUGUAUUUUUUUUUUCAACAUUAAUGAUUUCCCAAUGGCCCUGCCCUGGAUUGGCAUCUUGCUUUGCCACCACGUUACUUAUCGCCGAACUGGCAGGCAAAUUUCAUAAAUGUAAUAAAAUCAGCACAUUCUUGCUCCCCCCCCCUAAUAUUUUUAAUUGUAUCCACUUACAUCAAUCAAGCUCUUUUGAGACACUGCAGACAUUCUUUUCUGUGACAGGUUAACAGUCUUUAAUCAUUUGCCAGAAUCGGAAUAAGAAUGCAUUGACACAUUGUCACAACUCGGAAUGAACUUAAUGCAUAUUCUUACUGUAAACCGUUUAACAGUCUUUGGAAAACUGGCCAUCACACAUUUAGAAAGCAGAAAUGAUGAUGUUAGUUCCUCGCUUGAACAGCUUCCAGCUUGUAUGUAUGUCAAAGCCUCAGAGGUCACCGAUUUGAGUGUGGGCCUGAUCAUUAUGUGCCUUUUUUUUCCCCUGUCUUGAGGUACUCUUGAAUAAAUUCUACAUCUUUGUCAGCGUGGUGGAAUUCAAUGGUGCCAAAAUGCCGCAGCAAAAAGACAUUGUGAAGAUUGCAAUCCAGAUGCCAGGGGCCUACCCCCAGCUCAUACGACUAGACCAGAAGAAGCCUCUAUCCGCUGUUAUAAAGGAAGUCUGUGAUGGCUGGAAUCUCCCAGGUCAUGAAAACUAUGCGCUUCAGUAUGCUGACGGAGUGCAGACGUACAUCACCGAAUCGAACCGUCUGGACAUUAAGAACGGCUGCAUUCUACGUCUAACCAAGGCCCCGGGGCGCUGUGCGGAGGACUUGUUUAAGGGCAUCCAAAGUAUGGACCUGGGAGUGCGCUGCGAUUCGUUGAAGCAACUCGCCAGCGUUUCCACGGACGUGACGUUUGCGCAGGAGUUCAUCAGCCGGGAUGGACACCUCUUACUGGUCAAGAUAGUGGAAGACUCCAGCGAGAGUGCUCUGAUCAUGACCCACACCCUAACAGCCUUUAUGGAGCUAAUGGAUCACGGCAUUGUGUCCUGGGAAAACCUCUCGUCAAUCUUUGUUGAGAAGAUCGCCUGCUUUGUCAACGCCAAGGUGGCCGACGCGUCCAUCCAGCAGGUGUGCUUAGACAUCCUGGAGAGCAUGGUCCUCAGCAGCCACAGCCUCUUCAUGCAAGUCAAACAAGUAGUGACCAUGGAGAGGCUCAUUGCGCACCUCCAGAUGACUAAUCAGCAGAUUCAGACCAAAGCUAUGGCUCUACUUAUGGCUCUGUUGCAGACAGCUGGAGACGCAGACAGACAGGAAAUGUUUGCAUACCUGAAUAAGAAGAAUCUCCGUCAGUACAUUUACAAGAACAUCAUCCACAGUUCAAGUUCAGUUCAGGAUGAAAUGGCCCACUACCUCUAUGUCCUACAGUCAGUGACUUUGAAUCAUCUGGAGCCGCGAAUGAGGACGCCACUGGACUGUUACAGCCAGGAACAAAGAGACAUCCUUCACGGUCUGCGGCAGGCCGCCUUCGAAACGGAGAGCGAGAACAAUCUGAGUCAUGAGAGGAGACGUUCACUUUGCGCCAAAGAGUUCAAGAAGUUGGGCUUCUCUAACAAUAGUAAUCCUGGUCAGGACUUGGUGAGAACGCCUCCUGGUCUUUUAGCUUUGGACACCAUGUUCUAUUUUGCUGCACGCAAUCCUGACGCUUACAGCAGGUUUGUUCUGGAGAACAGCAGCAGGGAGGACAAGCAUGAGUGUCCUUUUGCUCGGAGCAGCAUCCAGCUCACACUCAUCUUGUGCGAAAUCCUUCGUAUAGGCGAAGCCCCCUCGGAGACGGGCUCAGACUACCACCCCAUCUUCUUCAGUCAGGACCGGCUGCUGGAGGAGCUUUUCUGUGUGUGCAUCCAGCUGCUCAACAAGACCUGGAAGGAGAUGAGAGCCACACAGGAGGACUUUGACAAGGUGAUGCAGGUGGUGAGGGAGCAGAUCACACGCACGUUGUCCACCAAGCCGACCUCGCUGGACCUCUUCAAGAACAAAGUGAACGCGCUCAACUACAGCGAGAUCCUCAAACUGCGCCAGACGGAGCGACUGCACCAGGAAGAGACGCUGGCUCCGCCCGUACUUGAACUGAAGGAACGUCUGAAGCCAGAGCUGCUUGAGUUGAUCCGCCAGCAAAGACUCAACAGGCUUUGUCAGGGGACCAUGUUUAGAAAGAUCAGCAGCCGACGCAGACAAGAUAAACUGUGGUACUGUCGUCUGUCGCCCAAUCACAAAAUGCUGCACUACGGCGACGUGGAGGAAGAUUCGGACACUCCACCCAUUGAAACACUGCAAGAAAAGAUCCCAGUGGCAGACAUUAAAAAUCUGCUGGUAGGCAAAGAGUGUCCUCACAUGAAGGACAAUAAAGGCAAACAGAACAAGGAGGUGCUGGACCUGGCGUUUAGCAUCACCUACGAUGUGGAGGAGUACAGCCUCAACUUCAUCGCCCCCUCAAGGACUGAUUUCUGCCUGUGGACAGAUGGACUGAGCGUCCUCCUGGGCAGGGACAUGAGCAGCGAAUCCAUGCGCAGCGAGCUGGACAUCCUCCUGUCCAUGGAGAUUAAGCUCCGCCUACUGGAUUUGGAGAACAUCCCCAUCCCAGAGAACGCACCAGUCGUCCCCAAAGCGCCGAGCAACUACAACUUCUGCUAUGACUUCAGUCAAACUGAGCAAUAGGGGAAAACGCUCAGAUGGGUGCCUGUGUAAAUAUGCAGUGUGUGUUUUUGUGUGAUAGAAAAGUAUGUUGUGUGUGAGGCUCUGACUUACACGUUUAUUGUAAAUGUUCAGAAGCUCCUGCUGUUGCUGUGCUCAUUUUGAACAUCCACUUGCUUGACUGAACCUCACAAUUUGAAGUGCAAUUUCACUUUUUGUUAAUUAAUCUGUUCCAAAGAAUCAUACUCAACAAAAUGAAUGAAAAUCGUACUUGUUUUGUGGAAAGGUGAAAACUGACUCUUAAUCUUUUUAUACAGUACAGAAGAACCACUAAAGAAAAUGUACAAUACAUUUUUUAAAUACUGUUGUUUUUUGGGGGAUAAUUAUGGGCCCCCUGUUUGUAAUAUUGGGUGUUGGUGAGCAUUUUACAUUUUCUGUCCCUUAAAGAAAAGCAAAUAUUUUUCCAUUUUAACAAGAUGUAAAUCCAAUUCGCCUGUUUUGCUACAACUUGCGGUACAUUUGAUCAUAAUAAUCAUAAUCAAGUCUUGGGCAAUGCUCAGCAUAAAUAAAUAAGUAGGUACUCUACUGUGUCCAAAUCACUUCCUGUGAAGCAUGUAAAAUCUUUUCAAAAUCAUGCAAAUAAAUGUGUAUUUUUGUGAUAGAA